AUGGGUGGGAACAAAUGGCUUCUGCUCUUUGCAUUGUUGAUCCUCCUCGACGCCGCGGCGGCUGAGGCGCGGGUGCAUCCGAUGGUGCCGACACCUCCGCCACCGCACAAGCACGGUGUCUUUGGCGGGGUGCAUCCGAUGGUGCCAACACCUCCGCCACCGCACAAGCACGGUGUCUUCGCCAGGGUGCAUCCGAUGGUGCCGACACCUCCACCACCGCACAGGCACGGUGUCUUUCCCGGGGUGCAUCCGAUGGUGCCGACACCUCCACCACCGCACAAACAUGGUGUCUUCGCCAGGGUGCAUCCGAUGGUGCCGACUCCUCCACCACCGCACAAGCACGGGGUCUUUGCCAGGGUGCAUCCGAUGGUGCCGACGCCUCCGCCACCGCACAAGCACGGUGUCUUUGCUAGGGUGCAUCCGAUGGUGCCGACACCUCCGCCACCGCACAAGCACGGCAUCUUCGCGGGGGUGCAUCCGAUGGUGCCGACGCCUCCGGCGCCGCACAAGCACGGCGUCUUUGCCGGGGUGCAUCCGAUGGUGCCGACACCACCACCACCCCACAAACACGGCGUCUUCGCCUGGGUGCAUCCGAUGGUGCCGACACCUCCGCCACCACACAAGCACGGUGUCUUCACCCGGGUGCAUCCGAUGGUGCCAAAGCCUCCGCCGCCGCACAAGCACGGUGUCUUCGCAGGGGUGCAUCCAAUGGUGCCAACGCCUCCGCCGCCGCACAAGCACGAGGUCUUUGCCGGGGUGCAUCCAAUGGUGCCGACGCCUCCACCACCGCACAAGCACGGUGUCUUCACCAGGGUGCAUCCGAUGGUACCGACACCUCCGCCGCCGCACAAGGGGAGGCCUCCGAAGCACCACCACCCCACCACAUGGGGCACCCGAAGCACGGCCGCUAGAUGCCGUUGA